AAAGAAUGUGAUGGCAAACUGGUUCUGUGGCAUGCUUUGUGUGUGCGUGUGUUUGUGUUGCAACCUUUCACAGUUUCUCCCCACAUGUUGAAAUCACAGCAGGCAUGGAUUGGAGGCUGGCUUGAAGGUCGGGUUCACACAAACAAAAGGUGCAAGUGACUUCCUGGUACGGCCGAGGCGGUGUGUUGCUUUUCUCGCUGUCAGUCACCGGCCUUCCUGACGAUGAGAGCAGUGAGAAUAUUUAUCGUCACCUUCGGUUUGUAGCGCUGACUCCUGACCAGGUAUGUGAGAGGAUGUUUAGGCCUAUGUUGGAACGUUUGAUUAAGUGCAGCCUUGUCCCUUGCAGCAUGUCGACCAACACGACAACCACGCCGGCGCCGACGAGCAACAGCACGUGUGCACCCUCCGACAACCUGUGCACGGUGUCGACGUACCGCCUGGACGUGAUCGUGGUGCCGACGGUGCUCCUGCUGAUCAGCCUCGUCACCUUGGUGAUAAUGUUUAUUUUGGGCUUCUUUCACCGCCAGCGCUACGCCGCUGCCACCGCCGUGCCGCGCUACAGCAGCACGUUGCAAAGGCGAGCGCGCCGCCUGCACGGCAUUGACGCGCCCCCCGGCAUCGACCCGCUGGAGCACGAAGAGGUGCCCAUGGCGGUACACAAACAGAGCCGCGGGACCGCCACCGUGACGCGACUGGGUGCUUUCAGCCAGGUGACUGCGCUGCCGCUGACGCUACCCGUCACCACCGACGACAGCGUCCUGCUCUACCGGGCCCGGAUGGACAACAAGGAUGUGGUGCUGAGGGUUCUGAAAGAUUCGGCCGGCGUGGAGGAGCGGCGCCGCUUCUUGAGUUUCGCUUCGUUCGUGUCGGGCUUGGGGACGCACCCGUUCCUGCCAGCCGUGCUGGGCGUGGUGAGCGGGUCCCCGACCGCGCCCGCCUUCAUGGUGCUGGAGGAGCUGCGACACCGAGACCUGCUGGGCUUCUUGUGGAAAUGCAGGCGACCGGACGCCACCUCUCGCAGCAUGACAGAGAAAAGGAUCUUCACCAUGGCGACGCAAGUGUCCUCAGCUCUGGAGUACUUGCACAGUCGGCGGGUUGUCCACGGCAACGUGUGCGCUCGCAGCGUCCUGGUGGGCGCUGACCUGACAGCCAAGCUGUGGGGCCUGGGGGGCGCCCACCGCCGCCGUCACCAAAGCUCCAGCGGCGCCACAGAGUCGAACAAAUGGCAGGCGCCUGAGGUGCUGGCCCGCCGAGACUUCAGCCCCAGCACCGAUGUGUGGUCCUUCGGGCUCCUGCUCUACGAGAUGAGUACGUUAGGUGAGCCGCCAUUUGCACAGGUGCGCUCGUCAGAGCUCCUGCAGCACCUGCAGAGAGGAAAUUACCUGCGACGUCCGCCCGCCUGCUCCCACGCACUCUUCGCCGUCAUGUCGUCGUGCUGUCGGCGAAGCCCCCAGCACCGCCUCAGCCUGGCCGCGCUGUCCGAGAAGCUGCGCGCAGGAGAGAGGACGGCCGACGGGCGUGCUCUCAUCCGGGGUGCUGCGCCGCUGGACACACAGACGUACCUGCGCCAGGCGGGUUACGCCGACUCCUGCAACUACGCCCUGCUCUGAUUGGACACCUUGCUGCUAAAUGGACAAAGACUGAUGACGCUACAAAUUUUUUUGAACGCUUCUCAAUGAGAGUUAGUUUUUAUAAAUAUAUAUUUUUUGUCCUAUGAGA